AUGGAACAAGAUCCACCAUCAACCUUCAUCCGCCCUUGCAAACGCCAAGACAACCUUUCCUCCAGCUCCCGUCCUCUCAUUCCCGGCCCAGCUGGCGCCGUCCAGGCCGCCAUGAUUCACCGCAGAUCCACCGACGACAAACCAAACAUUUCAACCCAACAAUUCGUCAGGCAAGUCCUCCAAGACGGCCACAACAUCGAUCCCGAUUUCCAAUCCAAUGCUUGGCUUUCAACCCUGCAAUUAAACGGAUCUGCCACUCCUCUGGGCGCAAUCACUCACCAUCAUGAAGGAGUAGAUCACGUCCUCGCUGUUAUCAAAUCCUACAAUCCCAAUGGGUUUGGAGAUGCAACAGUUACACUCAAGGACCCUACGAGCACUGUUGGCGCUAGUAUCCAUCACAAGGUCUUCACUGAAAGCGUAUUUGCGAAAGACAUAACUGUUGGAUCUGUUCUGCUUCUCCAAAAGGUCGCUGUGUUCUCUCCUAGAAAGUCUACUUGUUAUCUGAAUAUAACCUUGUCCAAUGUAGUCAAGGUAUUUCCAAAGGACAGUGCACCUCCACCUGGAAGCUUCACAAACAUAACUGAAGAUUAA